GCCGCUGCUUGUGAUUUUCUUCUUCUUCGUCAUCGCGGCGACUGUGUUUUUUUAUUCUCCACAAAUCAAAUCGCACUCGACGUUGUGAAUUGAAUAAUUAAUAAUUAUUUGCUUUGCUGAAUAAAAGUCGAUUGGCGAGUGGAAAGUGGCGAAGGACAGCUGGAAACGACCAACAAAACGGGACACACCAUGAAAAUCCUGCUCCUACUGAGCGCCCUGCUGGCGGGGAUUGCCCUUUCCCAGGGAGCCGCCGUGAUGUCCGUGGAUUUGGGCACCGAGUGGAUGAAAGUGGGCGUCGUGUCGCCCGGAGUGCCCAUGGAAAUUGCCCUGAACCGCGAGUCUAAGCGCAAGACUCCUGCAAUCCUGGCCUUCCGUGAUGGAGUGCGAACUAUUGGCGAAGAUGCCCAGACCAUUGGAAUCAAGGAUCCGAACUCGGCUUAUGGCUAUCUUUUGGACUUGCUUGGCAAGACCAUAGAUAAUCCCAUUGUCGAUUUGUAUAGAAAGCGUUUUCCAUACUACAACAUUGUGGGCGAUCCGGAACGCAAUACCGUGAUCUUCCGCAAAAGCGACACCGAGGAGUUCUCCGUGGAGGAGUUAGUUGCCCAAAUGCUGGUUAAGGCAAAACAAUUUGCCCAGGAAUCCGUGCAACAACCGAUCACCGAGUGCGUUUUAACCGUUCCCGGUUAUUUUGGUCAAGCGGAAAGAGAAGCCCUGUUAUCGGCCGCCCAAUUGGCUAAUCUCAAGGUGCUCCAACUGAUCAACGAUUAUGCAGCAGUGGCACUUAACUACGGUGUCUUCCAUCGCGGCGAGAUCAACGAAACAGCUCAGUAUUUCCUCUUCUACGACAUGGGUGCCUAUAAAACCUCAGCGGCUGUAGUUAGCUAUCAGCUUGUGAAGGACAAACAAACAAGGGAAAUCAACCCUGUGGUCCAGGUUCUUGGCGUUGGUUACGACCGCACUCUGGGUGGCCUGGAGAUUCAGUUAAGACUGCGUGACUACCUUGCACAAGAGUUUAAUGCCUUGAAGAAGACCAAGACCGAUGUAACCACCAGUCCUAAAGCUCUGGCCAAACUUUUCAAGGAAGCCGGACGCUUGAAGAAUGUCCUGUCUGCCAAUACGGAGUUCUAUGCCCAAAUUGAGAACCUACUGGAGGACAUUGACUUUAAAUUGGCCGUUACUCGUGAGAAGUUGGAACAGAUCUGCGAGGAUCUUUGGCCCAGGGCCACCAAGCCAUUGGAGCAGGCUUUGGCAUCUUCGCACCUCAGUUUAGAUGUUAUCAACCAGGUGAUAUUGUUUGGAGGCGGUACUCGAGUUCCACGUGUCCAGGAGACUAUCAAGGCCCUCAUUAAGCAGGAGUUGGGAAAGAAUCUAAAUGCCGAUGAAUCCGCUUCUAUGGGUGCAGUCUAUAAGGCAGCCGAUUUGUCCGCCGGCUUCAAAGUGAAGAAGUUUGUUGUCAAGGAUGCCACGCUGUUCCCCCUGCAAGUGGCUUUCGAACGGGAUCCUGGAGAUGGAGCCGCUGUGAAACAAGUGAAACGCGCCCUAUUUGCCCUCAUGAACCCCUAUCCCCAGAAGAAGGUCAUUACCUUUAACAAGCACACAGACGACUUUGAGUUUUAUGUGAACUACGCUGAUUUAGAUCGUUAUAGCAAGGAGGAGAUUGCCGCUUUGGGCAGCUUGAAUGUGACCAAGGUGCAGCUCAAGCAAGUAAAGGAACUGCUGGAGAAAUCAAAGAAGGAAUUGGUGGACAACAAGGGUAUCAAGGCCUACUUCUACCUGGAUGACUCUGGCAUUUUCCGCUGCACGGGUGUAGAGUAUGUGUAUGAGAAACAAAAGCCCGAGGAAGAUUCGGAUGAUGAUAGCACACUCUCCAAGUUGGGCAGCACUUUGAGUAAAUUGUUUACCAAGGAUGGCGAGGAGAAAAAGGAAAAGGAGGAUUCGGAGCAGGGAGAGGAAUCAGCUAAUGCUGGUGAAGAACCAACAAAAACGGAGGAGACUGAAAAGCCCAAGGAAGAGGAAGCCAACAGUAAAGAGCAAAAGUCUGAAGAGACCAACAAACAGGAGACUGAAGCCAAAAACGACACCAUCAAGCUAGUGACUGUCAAAUCCCCUGUAACCUAUGAGUCUCAGACGCAGUUUACUAAUCCUUUGGCCGGUUCCAGUUAUGAUAUCUCUGUUGCUAAGCUGGCCGCUAUUAACAAGGCUGAGGAGCAACGCGUUCGAUUGGAAUCAGCUUUUAAUGCCCUUGAAGCCCAUAUUAUUGAGGUACAACAGAAAUUGGACGAAGAUUCCUAUGCCAAGUGUGCAACUGAUGAGGAAAAGGAAAAACUCCUGGCGGAAUGCAGCACUUUGGGUGAAUGGCUGUACGAGGAUCUGGAAGAUCCCAAGGCGGAAAUCUACGAGGAAAAACUGGCACAACUGAAGAAGCUAUCCAAUGUAUUUUUGGCCCGUCACUGGGAGCAUGAGGAGCGACCAGAGGCUAUAAAGGCACUCAAAGGAAUGAUCGAUGGCGCCGAAAAGUUCCUGGUCACCGGACGCAAUCUUACCAAGGACACUAAUCCCGAAAAGGAUGUCUUCACUCAAGUUGAGAUCGAUACGCUGGAUAAGGUCAUAACCGAAACCAAUGCUUGGCUAAAAACAGAGACUGCCGCACAAAAAAAGUUGGCCAAGAAUGUAGAUAUUCGCCUGACUGUUAAGGAUAUUACGGACAAAAUGAGUCUACUGGAUCGCGAGGUUAAGUAUUUGGUAAACAAGAUUAAGAUCUGGAAGCCCAAGGUCAAGCCAACUGCUGACAAGGAUAAGAAGAAGGAGGAGGAGGUAGUGACCUCUGGCAGUGGCGAUGGCACCAAAGCGGAGGAGGCCGAGGAGCAGCAGGAGCAGCCUGAAAAAGAGGAAGCACAGGAACCUAUUGAGGAGAUUACUCCAACGCCCUCAGAGCAAGAAGCAAAGACACCACACAGUGAACUCUAAGGGACCCGAUUAGGAGAAUUAAGAGCAUCCGGAGCAGCAGGAAGCCAAGUGCCUGUCUUAGGAUUCGAAGGAGGAUUCAAAUGGGGGUUUAAAAAGGGGGGAAAGACGGCAAAUGGCCACGAAGCGGGGGCGUCUUAAUUUCUAUGAUUUUUUUAGCUAAAGUUGGGGAUAAAUUAUGCUACUUCUAAUCUAAAACAAAAAAUCACAAAAUAAUGUAAACCGAAACGAAACUAAAUGUAAAAACCAUUUUCCAUUUCCACACCAUUCCGCAUAGGAAAUACAAGACUUGAAGAAGUACUCACAAGGUUCCCUCUAUGUAUCCACUAUAUCUUAUUGAUCUAUUGUAGCGAAAGUAGCAAAACGAAUUGGGCGGGGAGCUGAGUUAAGAUCGCAAUAAAUCUAAAAUCGUAAAUAUCGAUAGAGAAUCGAAUAAAGUUUGUAUUGUAUUGUA